CGUCUGAUGCUGUAAACAAGAUUUUCACGGACAGAUCUGUCGAGAGAUGCGCUAUUUUUGCGUUAGCUAAUGUUUGCAAAAUCAAAAAAUGCAAACGCUACGGGAGAAACAGGGUCCUCCUCUUCCUCUGUCGUCACUGCGUCUGUUUGUUCCUCCGCUGAGGCUGGUGUGUGCUGCUAUGUGGCAGAUUGUAGAACGGAGAGACAUCAUGGACUAUGGACUGCUGGAGGAGUUUGCCACCACUGUGUUGGAUAUAGUCCCUGAGCUGAUGACUUAUAGAGAGAGGGUCCAGCUCCUCAUGGGACUGAGAGCACGGCUUAUUCUGGAGCUAUGUCGCUGUGAUGAUGAAUUGUGCCGUCCUGACACCGUACAGCCCCACCUGAACAGGAUAAGGAGCUGUAUCUCCAGUCAGGGGGUUUCAGAUCCAAAGGUGGAAGCAUCAGAGGCAAGCUUCUCAAAGCUGAUUGAAACCCUGCUUGAGGAGCCAGAUGAGAGGGAACUCUUCUUCCAGAAUGUUUUCCCUGAGGAGUUUGGCUCCAAGUAUGACUCAACACUGCAGAUGCUUGUCCAGGAGUUCCUAUCCAGACUGGAGAAGCUGCUUCCACCUCCAAACCUUCAACAGACUGCCUCGUGGCUCAGCAUUGCACCUGCCCUCAUAGAAGAAUGUGUCCAGUCUGUGGCUCACCCAGAGCCAUUACAGACUCUCCUCCGUCACCAGAAAAAUGGACAACAGUUAGACACCAAUGCUCUGCGGUCUGUUGGUGGUGACUACAUCCUCUCUUCACUAUCAUCACGCUGCUCUGGGAAGGAGGGAAGUGCCUCCUCAGAAGUGGGCACAGAGAGACAGUCCUAUCCCACCAUGCAGGGAUAUCAAAGCCCUCUCCCAUGUGAUGAACCAGGGAUGAGGUGGGACUGCAGAUUGGCAGAUUAUAGGGUUUGGACUGUAAAGCCACCAGCAGGAUCUGCAUGUGUGGAAGUGGAGGUUGACACUAUAGAGGUCGCCACUGAGAAAAGCGGUAAACGCAAGACAAUCGGCAAAGAUACCAUUAAAGGGACCAGGAGAGAUAAAGCUGUUCUCUGCCCUCAGACCCGCAGUGGACUAAAAACCAGCCGCUUAACCGCUUCCUGUCUGUGUCGUAAGCCUGUGCUGCGGUUGAACAGGCUUGACAUUAGUAACAUGCCAUUACCCAAGUCCUUGUUGACACUGAUUCUAAGGAGAGGGAGACUGCAGGGUGAGGCAACAAGACGCCCAGGACCAAAAAGAAGAGGUAGAAAGAAAAAAAGGAAAAAAGGACAUGGUGUUACAAAUCAGAAGAUUGAAACGCACGCGCUUGAUGUAAGCGAUACACCGCCACCCAAGUCAUCAUUGAAGCUGACCCUUAAGAGAGGGAUAGUGCAGGCUGAGGCAACAAGUUCUCAAGUCCCAAAAAAAAGAGGCAGAAAAAAAGGACAGAAAAUAGGACCUGGUAUCACAAAAUUAAAGAUUGAGAAGAUUGGCGCGCAAACACUUGACAUUAGUGAUAUGCCAUUACCCAAGCCCUCGCUAAAGCUGAUUAUAAGACGAGGGAAACUGCAGGCUGAGGGAACAGGUUCCCAAGGAAAGAUUCCAAAAAGAAGAGGCAGAAAUAAAAAACAUAGAAGAGGGCGUGGCAUCAAAGAUGAGAAGACAGAAGCAAAGGGUGUGAAAAGAGAUCGGUCAGUUGAAACAGAGGAAGAAGCCAAACCAUCAGAUUAUGAACUUUGGACUACUGUCAGAAAAGGUGCCAAUGUCCAUAAAAAGGCUACUGUGGAACAAUGUGGUGGAGUUAUUGUUGGUCCCCAUUGCCCAUCAACUGAUAAGAGGGAGGAAGAAUUGCAAAAGCACACACUGCAUGUUCACUCAGAGGAGCACUGUGGUCAGAUGGCCAAAGGGCAUAACCGAGAAGAACUCUUAGAACCAUCCAACACCUCUCAAAAAAUACACUUUCAUUCAGAGGAGCACAGUGGAAAGGUGGCUGAAGGACAGAAAAAAGAAGAGGUCUUACCUUGUGUCUCACUAACAGAGAGGGUACCUCAGGAUUCACUCACAGAGAGGGUACAUCAAUUCUCACUAUCAAAGAGGUUACCUCAGGAUUCACUCACAGAGAAGGCACAUCAAGACUCACAAUCAAAAAGGGUGCCUCAGGAUUCACUAACACAGAGGGUACCUCAGGAUUCACUAACACAAAGGGUACCUCAGGAUUUACUCACAGAGAAGGUACCUCAAGAUUCACUAACAGAGGGGGUACCUCAGGAUUCACUAACACAGAGGGUGCCUCAGGAUUCACUAACAAAGAGGGUACCUCAGGAUUCAUUAAAAGAGAUGGUGCCUCAGGACUCACUAACAAAGAAGGUGCCUCAGGAAUCACUAGUGCAGAAGGUACCUCAGGACUCAAUAACAGAGAGGGUACCUCAGGAUUCACUAAAAGAGAGGGUACCUCGUGACUCACUAACACAGAGGGAACCUCAGAACUCACUAACAGAGAAGGUACCUCAGGAUUCACUAACAGAGAGGGUACCUCCGGACUCACUAACAGAGAGGGUACCUCAGGACUCACUAACAGAGAGGGUACCUCAGGACUCACUAACAGAGAGGGUACCUCAGGACUCACUAACAGAGAGGGUACCUCAGGACUCACUAACAGAGAGGGUACCUCAGGACUCACUAACAGAGAGGGUACCUCAGGACUCACUAACAGAGAGGGUACCUCAGGACUCACUAACAGAGAGGGUACCUCAGGAUUCACUAACAGAGAGAGUUCCUCAGGACUCACUAACAGAGAAGGUACCUCAGGAAUCACUAACAGAGAAGGUACCUCAGGAAUCACUAACAGAGAAGGUACCUCAGGAAUCACUAACAGAGAAGGUACCUCAUGAAUCACUAACAGAGAAGGUAUCUCAGGACUCACCAGCUCCUGAGCCAUCCAACACCUGUCACAAAAGAAGCCAACGGGUCAAAGCAUGCUCCUUCUGUGGCAAGACUUUCACUGACACACUGGACUUGACAAGACACAUGCGAUCUCACAUUGAGCAGAAAUCCCACCAGUGCAUCCAAUGUGGGCAAGACUUUGAAUUUGGUGAGGACUUAGAGGAACACCAAAAGAACUGUGAGAAGAUCAAAAAGGAAAAUGAUGAUUACUUUGGGGAAACUGUGCAGCAAAAACCUGAUCUUAAAAAAAAGAAUGAUCGGAAAAGAGACAAAAAACCUGAAAUUGAUGAAAAACCCGACAUGAAAGGAGAGGAAAAAACUAAUCUGAAAGCAGACACUCAAGACUCUAUAAAAUGCCAUGUGUGUGGGAAAAUAACUACACGGAUGCUGGGUUUACGAAGGCACCUUCUACUUCACUUCAACAAUGGUGCAUUCAAGUGCCCGGUCUGUCCAAAGACUUUUAUAUCCAAUGCUGAUUUGAGAUCGCACCUGAGAUUGAAACUUUCUUGUAGAGAGAAAUGUUCUGAUGAGGUCAUUAAUACUAAGUUCCACCUCCAGCCUGUCCCUUGUCAGAACAUAUGUCCUUACUGUGGGGACACUUUCCAGCUCCCACAGGAACUGAAAGGACACACAAAAGAAUGUUCCAGAAAGUGCCAUGUCUGUGGGAAAACAACUUCGAAGGCAUGCGACAUGCGAAGGCACUUGUUAAAACACUACAACAAUGGCCCCAUCAAGUGCCCAGUGUGUCCAAAGACAUUUAUAUCCCAUCCUGACUUCAAGAUGCACCUGAAAACAAAAAAACUCUGUAGGGAAAAAUGUUCUGAUGUUAUGAUGAAAGAAUUACUGUCUUCAGUAGAAGGUAAAUGUAAGGACAAUAUAAAUGAAACAGAAGUCAUGACAAGGUCCCAGCAACCAAGCUCCAGCACCACAGGUGUACCUGUCAAGAGUAUUGAAGAGUUCUUUGAAGAGUUUUCUCAUGAUUUACAGCAAUCUGAUAACAGCAUGAGUAGUGAAGUGAACCUAAAUAGUCUGAAUAGCUUGGAUGAAGAUUACAGUGAGGACAUGACUCAAUACCAACCCAUGAAGGAUGUUGACCUGAAUAACCUCCAUGUUGACUAUAAUGAGAUCAGUCAAUACCAACCAAUUAAGGAUGUCGACUUGAAUAACCUUCAUGUUGACUACAACGAGGAGAUCAUUCAACACCAGCCUGUUAAGGAUGACCCAGAGGAGGACUCGAUGUCUGUGGACAAGUCAGGGGGAAAGGACAUUUCCAAUGACCAAGAACCAAACUCAGACAAAGGCUUAACAAGGAAUCAGACGUCCCACACUGACGCAUGCCCUCUCCAGGACUCUAUAUCAGAGAAGAGUGGAGAAGUGAAGAACGAGAUACAGAGAGGGAAACUGCAGGCUGAGGCAACGGAUUCCCAAGAACAGAAAAGAAGAGGCAGAAAAAGAAAACAGAAAAGAGGACGUGGUGUCAAAAAUGAGAAGACAGAAGCAAAGGGUGUGAAUAGAGAGCGGGCAAAUGAAACUGAGGAAGAUGCCGAACCAUCAAAAAAUGAACUUCGGACCACUGUCACUAAAGCAGCCACUGUCAAUGAUUCUGGUGGGGUCCAUGUUAGACUUCAUUCCCCAUCAUCUCAUAAAAAGAAGAAAUUGCAACAGCACAACUUUCAAUCAGAGCACUGUGGUCAGAUGGCCAAAUGGCAGAGAAGAGAACUCUUAGAAGGGGUACCUCAGGACUCACUAACUCCUGAGCCAUCCAACACCUGUCACAAAAGAAGCCAACGUGUCAAAGCAUGCUCCUUCUGUGGCAAGACUUUCACUGACACACUGGACUUGACAAGACACAUGCGAUCUCACAUUGAGCAGAAAUCCCACCAGUGCAUCCAAUGUGGGCAAGACUUUGAAUUUGGUGAGGACUUAGAGGAACACCAAAAUAAUGUCUGUAAGGUGAACAAGAACAACAAUGAUGAGGAUAACAAUAAGGACUCCUGCAAGGAAACCAAUGAGCGAAAUACAAAUCUGGUAAAAAAACAUCUUAAAAGAGAUAAAAACACUAAACGGAAAAGGGACAACAAAACAGAUCUGAAAGUAGAUUUCCAAGUAGAUGAAAAACCUGUUCUGAAAGAAGAAGGAAAAACUGAUCUGAAAGAAUAUGAAAAACCUGAUCUAAAUGAAGAUGAAAAACCUGAUCUGAAAGGAGACACUCAACACUGCUCUAUAAAAUGCCAUGUGUGUGGAAAAAUAACUACUCGUAUGCUGGGUUUACGAAGACACCUUUUAGUUCACUUCAACAAUGGUGCAUACAAGUGCCCUGUCUGUCCAAAGACUUUUACAACAAAUGCUGAUUUGAGAUCGCACCUGAGAUUGAAAAGAUCAUGUCGAGAGAAAUGUUCUGAAGAAUUUAUUAUGACCAAGGUCCACCUCCAGCCUGUCCCUUGUCAGAACAUAUGUCCUUACUGUGGAGACACUUUCCAGCUCCCACAUGAUCUGAAAGGACACACAAAAGAAUGUUCCAGAAAGUGCCAUGUCUGUGGGAAAACAACUUUGAAGGCAUGCAAUAUGCGAAGGCACAUUUUAAAACACUACAACAAUGGCCCGAUUAAGUGCCCGGUGUGUCCAAAGACAUUUAUAUCCCAUCCUGAUUUUAAGAUGCACCUGAAAACUAAAAAAUGUUGUAGGGAGAAAUGUUCUGAUGUUAUGAUGAAAGAAUUACUGUCUUCAGUAGAAGGUAAAUGUAAGGAAAAUAUAAAUGAAACGGAAGUCAUGACAAGGUCCCAACAACCAAGCUCCAGCAACACAGGUGGACCUGGCAAGAGCAUGGAAGAGUUUUUUGAACAGCUUGCUCAUGACCAGCCUGAUAACAGUGUUAAUUGUGACAGUCUUCAUGUAGACUUUAAUGAUGAGAUUUGUCAAAAUCAACCCAUUGAGAACAUUGACCAAUCUAAACCUUGUGAGUACAAGUGUCCUUACUGCAGGGCCACUUUCCAGCUACCACAUGAUCUGAAAGGACACACUAAAGAAUGUUCCAGAAAGUGCCAUGUCUGUGGGAAAACAACUUCGAAGGCAUGUGACAUGCGAAGACACAUGUUAAAACACUACAAUAAUGGCCCCAUAAAAUGUCCAGUGUGUCCAAAGACUUUUAUAUUCCAUACUGAUUUAAAGAUACAUCUGAAAACAAAGAAAAUUUGUAGGGAGAAUUGUUCUGAUGUGAUGAUGAAGGAAUUGCUGUCUUCAGUAGAUGGUAGACGUAUUAAAAAGGUAAAUAAAACAGGAGUGAAGAAGUGCCAACAACCAAGCUCCAGCAACACAAAUGGUCCAGUGUUGGGUUUGAAGAGUUUUGAAAAGUUAUUUGAAGAGCUCCAUGAUGACUCACAGCCAGCCAAUAACAACAUUAGUAGUGAUGUGAACAUAAAUAGUUUCCAUGAAAACUACAGUGACAAGAUCAAUCACUACGAACCCAUGAAUGAUGUUGACCUGAAAAGCCUUGAUGACCACAAAGACAGGAUAAGUCAUAAACUUACUAUGAGGGACAUUGACAAAUCCAAUCCUACUAAAUUCAAUUGUCCUUAUUGUGGGGACACUUUCCAGCUCCCUCAUGAUCUAAAAGGACACACAAAAAACUGUUCCAGAAAGUGCCAUGUCUGUGGGAAGACAUCCUCAAAGACCUGUGACAUGCGCAGGCACAUGUUAAAACAUGACAACAAUGGCCCCAUUAAGUGCCCAGUGUGUCCAAAAACAUUUAUAUUUCACACUGAUUUGAAGACACACCUGAAAACAAAAAAGUUUUGUAGGGAGAAAUGUUCCGAUGUGAUGGCUAAGGAAUUACUGUCAUCAGUAGAUAGUAAACAUAGGAAAAAGCUCAAUAAAACAAAGGUAAUGACCAAGUGCCAACCACCAAGCUCUAGCAGCACAAGUGUUCCUGUGUUGGGUUUAAAAAGCUUUGAAGAGUUCUUUGAAGAGCUCUCUCAUGACUCUGAUAUCAGCAUGAGCAGUGAUGUGAACUUAAUUAGCCUGCAUGAAGAAACCAGUAGCAGGAGCAGUCAUAACCAACCCAGUGAUGUGAACUUGAUUAGCCUGCAUGAAGAAACCAGUAGCAGGAGCAGUCAUAACGAGCCCAUUAAAGACACUGGUCAAUCCAACCCGGGUGAGUACAAGUGUCCUUACUGCGGGGACACUUUCCAGCUCCCACAUGAUCUGAAAGGACACACAAAAGAAUGUUCCAGAAAAUGUAAUGUGUGUGGGAAAACUACUUCUACGACAUGCGGCAUGCGAAGGCACAUGUUAAAACACUACAACAAUGGCUCUCACAAGUGCCCAGUGUGUCCAAAGACUUUUAUAUUUUAUACUGAUAUGAAGAAGCACCUGAAAACUAAAAAACUUUGUAGGGAGAAUUUUUCCAACUUGACAGCAGAGGAAUCACUUUCGUCAGCAGAUGGUCAAUAUAAGGAACAUGUAAAUGAAACAGGAAUUAUGACAAGGUGCCAACAACCAAGCUCUAGCAACACAGACAGGCCUGUGUUGGGUCUUAAAACCUUUGAAGAGUUCUUUGAAGAGCUCUCUCAAGACCAACCCGAUGAAGGCAUGAGCAAUGAUUGCCACCAUGUAGACUUCAAUGAAGAGAUCAGUCAAUACCAACCCAUGAAGGAUGUUGACCUGAAUAAUCUUCAAGAAGACUACAGCGACGAGAUCAAUCAGUACCAACCCAUGAAUGAUGUUGACCUGAACAGCCUUCAUGGUCACUACAGUAAUGACAUCAGUCAAUACUAACCCAUUAAGGACGUUCAGCAAGAGGAAGACAGAAGGUCUGUGGAUGAUUCAGGGCAGUAAAAAACUGUUAGGGCCCACUACCUACUUUGAGGGAAGACCUACCGAUGUAAACAAUUUUUUAUAAUUAAUCACAGUUACAUAUGAGCAGAUAUUUAAAUGCUGAUGCUAUUUUCUUGAUUUGCAAGAUGUUGGCUUGAGUGCAGGUGCCAAGUCCAGAGUGGACACAUUUUAGGGCUUUGGAUUUUUAUUCAGUACAUGAAAACCUGCAUAUAAAAAGUUGAUAUGCACUACGCCACCACACAAUGCUUUUGAACCACAGAAGGCUUUUGGAAACACUUGACUGGUGGGAAAAUCAUUCUAAAUGCAGAAUUGAGAAUACUUGCAUAAAUCUGUUCAGCAAUUGGAUGUAAACCUAGCUUAAGAAGUGGAAAAUAAUAUCCAAUCCGGAUCUUUCUUUGGUGGUCUUUGAGGAAAAACAUCUAACAGCUAGCUCAGCCAUUGACAGCCCUUUCAAGGUUAGAUUAAUAACACAUUUAGGGUUUUAAGGACAUUGCCUCAAAUGUACGUUGUUACUAAAAGACAGAGUAAUCAUUUUUCACUCAUUGACUUAUACAUUCUCAAAAAAAUAUCCUGUGUCAGCUUCGCAAGCUGGUUUUCCCAUGCUAGCUAGCUUUUGUUGUAGCAUGACAGAACAAACAUCAACGGAGGAAGAUGGUGCUAAUUUGUAUAGGUUUUCAAGAUAACAUUUCAAACUUUGUUUUCAGGUGAUAAUCAUGAUGUGUUCGUUGUUAGCUAUCGCUUUGAAGAUAAUGAGUGUAAAACAUUGGUGCAUUUAGACAAAAAUGUACCAGUUAACAUUGUGUAGUGAAAAUGCUUCAAGAAAUCAUUGGGAAUUAUAACUGGUUCGUUAAUUCAUGUUGGAAUUGCUGUGUUUUUAUUGUUAUGAUUAGGGCCAACUAAUAUGUCAGAGGCUACUUAUUCUUUAACAUUAUUUUAUGCUAUUUGUGACUACUGUCCCGACAAAAACUGUGCUCAACAUGGAGUUUGCAGAAAUUGCAGUUGCUGUCCUUUCCUUACCAUGAACCCGUCACACCCUUUGAUGUGUGAUGAUUUAUUACUGAUUGGUGGUAAGUGUGGUGUUAGACUGUCUUAGGUUGAGUAAACAAUGUGGCUCUAGUUUUGCCACUCGCAUUU